GUAGUCGCUGUGCAUCACGGCCACAGUGACACCGCUCAGCUCCAGCCUCAGCAUGCAGCCGUUAUUCCCGGACUGCUGUGAUUGGCGUCCAGCGCGGGGACAAUGGAGGCGACGGCGGCAUGGAAACACGGCUCCGCUCCGCUCUUCAUCCUCCGGACGUGUGUGCGGAGCAGCCUCUGCGCGUUCAUGUAAAGAUGCAGCGCGCGUGUGCAUCAGUGCUGCUGCUGCUGCCGCUUGAAUCGGAUUGCAUGUUGAACUUGCCCUGUGCGUGUGAGCGUGCGUGUGAUGCUGCGGAUUCAGAUGUCGUUGAAGGAUGCUGCUGAGACGGAGCUGCGCUGGAAGGAUGCUGAACUCUCAGAUUUCCAACCUUCUUCAGAGGUAGGACUUUUUUCGUAAUCCUGUCCUAGCCAAACCAAUCAACAGCCAUGGACCCUGUCCCAGAGUACUCUCACUUCCUGGUCCGCAUCCUGGAGGAGCUGGACACGAAGCACAACACCAUGUCCUACCAGGACCUGUGCAAGUCCAUGUGUGCACGCUUUGAUCUUGUUCACCUGGCCAAACUUCGCAGCCUGCUCUUCUACACGGCGUGUCUGGACCCGGCGUUCCCAGCAACACUUUUCAGGGACAAGAUGCGCUCCUCCGUGGAGGACCCGCAGUCCAAGAAACUCAUGGUGGCCGCUGACAUUGUCACCAUGUUCAACCUAAUUCAGAUGAACGGAGGCCUGGCCAAAGACAAGCUCCCAAUAGUUCCCAGACCGAAGUUCCACAAGAACAAGUCGCUGGACGUGUGCAGGUCCGACAGCGAUGCCUACAAGUACCAGGACUGUGACAGAGGAGCGGCUUACGAACACAUGAAUGAACACCAUCACCACCACCACCACCACCAUCAUCAUCCUCACCACUCACCCCAGCAACGCCCCAUAACCCAGAAUGCCCCGCCCUGUCCCAAACGAUCCGAGUGCAAUAACUGCCAGUCGUUCGUCCCCUCGUCCAACCCCAACUUCCUGCUGGGGGUCAACAGGGACCUGAAAUGUAGAGCAGCGUCUCUGGACAAACUGCAUCAUCUCCCCCAGUACCACAACGGCAGUCCUCCCCCGUCUCCCUGUGAGAUGCAGAGCACCUACUUUCCCAUGGACCUGGACAGCGAGUCCACGACCGACCACGAGUCCCUGCAGCACCUGGGCCACCCGGAACCAUUUUCAGUUCACUCCUGUGUUCAGAAGAGGAACAUCUUCAAAGAAGACUUCCACAACUUUGUGGCCUUCUCACCAAAGGUCGUCACCACUGAGAGCAAACCGGUCUGUAAGGCUGCCGAGAGCUACCACAGGAGGGAGCUCCACAAACCUGCAACCUUCUUCAACCACAGCUUCGAGCUGCCUUACAGCAACCCUUACUUUGAGCCACCACUCAACUCUCCCCUCCAGGACAGGAGGAAAGCCAAGCACGAGAGCUUGGACGACCUGCAGGCGUCCACGUACUUCGGCCCCACCACGGUGUCGGAGUGUGUCAGCAGCAGGAAGCACCUCAGCAAAGUGGGGAAGCAGCAGGCGUGGCCAGUGAAGAGCCUGAGCCUGAACACAGAGGAAGGACCUCCAGACUUUGAAAGGUCAUUCAUCAACAACAAACCCCUCAUUGAGAACCACCAUCGCACCAUGAGCAUCGUCAGCACUGACAACGAGCAGCAUUUUCAGAGUCCGAAGGAGAAGGUCAGAGCUUCUCCUUCAGGAUUUGCCAAGAAACCGAACGGAGUCAAGAACAAGGACGUAGCACUGAUGAUGGCCGGACCUGGGAACGUGGAUAAAAGAGAGGCAGCCAAACGCUUUCGGGACAAAAGUUUAAACAGUCCCUCCUUUCAGGGAGGAGACAGCUCCUCCAGCAUCGGGACUCAAACGGAGCAGGCCGAGCCGAAGAAGGUGAAGGACCAGCCGCCAAAGUUCACCGACAAAGACCGAGCCAAGUUCAAACAUUCUGACGAAGACCCCGAGCUCAUCAGCGACGACAUCAGUGACAUUUUCCGUUUCUUGGACGACAUGAGUGUUUGUGACUCUCUGGGCGUCGUCCAGUCCUCGAGCUACAACAGCACUGGGUCUCUGUCACAGGUAACUCUCAAAUCGGAGGGCGACAGCUCCCCUGAACGCAACACGGUCAAACUGGCCAAGUCCAAGCUGGACCGCCUCUUCUCCUCACUGGAGAACACGGACGAUGAGCUGAAGUCCAGCGUGUGUAAGCUGGUGAUGAGGAUCGGCGAGAUCGAGAAGAAGCUGGAAUCUCUGUCAGGAGUGCGCAGUGAGAUUUCCCAGGUGCUCUCCAAGCUCAACAGGCUGGAUGAGAAGAUCCAGGAGCCAGAGGCCAACGGGAGGCCAACUGUGUCCGUGGGGAACGGCACCCCCGACAAGCUGCACCCCCACCAACAGCCACAUCUGGACACCGGCCACCCGCCACGCACUUUUCAGUGCCACACCACCGGCCGUAACGUCAAAUUGGAGAACGGUCCGCUGGGGGAGUGGUGUCUGGACGGCAGUAACAACGGCAGCCUCCGGAUGAAAGCUCUGAAGAAGAGCAUGCUCACCAGGAGGUCAAACCGCUCACUCAACGAGGAGACCAGCAUCACCGAGUCCAAAGUCGCCAGUAUCACCAACUCCCCACGAGACUGGAGGACGGUGUCCUACUCCUGCCACGCUGAGGAUGAGGGCAAGGACAAAGACAGAGACAGAGACAGAGACAGCAAGGACAGACACCGCAAGGCUAAAGAGGCGGAGCGGGAACGUCAGUAUGAGCUCCCCCAGGCGCACCUGCCACCCAACAACCACCCGCCAUUGAUUGAGCAGGUUUUUUCCCAGCACCCCUUCAGCCCCUCCGUUAAGGCUCAUGUGAAAGGCAGUCAUCUGUACACCGACCUGAGGCUCACCACCCUGUCGGACCCCAAGCGUGGGCAGCCGUCCUGGACCAUCGAGGAGUACAAACGCAACUCAGGAGAGAAGGGGAAGCAGUUCACAGCUCUGGAGCUGCAGGGCCAGGAAUCCCUUAACCCCAACAACCUGGAGUACUGGAUGGAGGACAUCUACACACCAGGCUACGACUCUUUGCUCAAAAGGAAGGAGGCUGCAUUCAGGCGAGCUAAGGUGUGUAAGAUCGGGGCACUGAUCGCAGCAGCUACCUGCACCGUGAUCUUGGUCAUCGUGGUUCCCAUUUGCACCAUGAAAUCAUGAGGCUUGACAGGAUGGAGUUGAUUGAUAAACAUUUGCUUCCUCUUCUUGUGUUUGCGAGUAAGGGUUGGUGCGACUGAUUCACAGAGACUAAACGGAACCUUAUUUCUUGAUGUUUUUGUUUUUACUGCUAUAUUAAAUUCUGGUGGUCUGUCUCACCAGUACAAAAUAGUUAGAAAAAUGAUUGUACCAUAGAAAAAAAUCUGCAAGUGUAAAAUAUAACAUAUUGUAUAAAUGUUGUUGUCACAAAAUGUGUAAACCAGACAGAAUCUCAUUGGUUUGUUUGUGUAAUAAAAAAACACAUUAGCUUGAUGAUCACCGAACUGGAUUUGUUGAUGUAGACAAUAUACAUUUUUAUUUUCCUGAAAUUUAUUGCACAGUGGACUUUGACCAGAUUUAUUUUUUAAAGAAUUAUAUUAUGGUUGAAUGUGAGAAUUUUAUCUACUGUAUAUCAGUCACAGCAAAGAUUUUACGUAAUACAAUUUGUGCAAUUUUUUUUUAAUAGAAAUGUAUUAAAGUGCAGACAGAAUAUGGGCACACAGCUAACUUGAAUGUAUUUGUAACAUUGUACCACUGAAGCUAUGAACUAAGAACAAUUUACUUGAAUGUUGUUUUUAUUUCUCUCACAAUUCCCCUGAAAAACAACAACCAAGUCAUAACUGUUUCUCCAUGGUCAAAUAACGAGUGUCUUGUCAAACAGUGCUGCUAUCAAUAUUUGCAUUAUUUUUAUUCUAACUGUGCUUGUGUUUUCAAUUUUUUGAACGAUCCUAUCACGAUUAAUAAAGCUAACAGAGCGAUGGAAUUAAAUUUGAGGUUGCAGUGUGUUUGUGUGUGAUAUCUGGUGAACAUUGCAGACAGUAGUCAGUGUUUAUACGUCGACGUACUUUCGUCAUAUAUUUGGACAACGAAAACCUAAAAGAAAAUUACGUUGGUGCUGAGCGACAAUGACGACAUUUAUUGACACAUAAGUCAACUAAUAAAAACAAGACAAAAAUCUCCUUAGCGUUGAUUUCGUCUUAUUGACCGGUAGAACGAAUGAGGCUGAGAGCCAAUCAGAGCUACGAUGUUGAUAAAAGGCGGGCCAUUUAAACGGCAAUCUGUGCAAAUGUUUGUUCUAUGUAAACGGGAGCAGGACUACUCUAUUUGUGAAACAGCGUGACCAAAUCAUGUCUGGGACACUGUAAAACACUGUUUGUGUCUGUGGAAGAAGUUCUUCCCCCGUUCUGUUUCAACACCUGAACCUGACAUUUGGGUUUCAUAGCCUGCUGUCAUUCUGUUGGAAGCAGUGCUUUACCUUGCCACGCCACCAGGGGGUGAGCAUCAGCAUCUCUAAUUGCCAUCUUUCAGAACGGAGGAAGUACCAGGAGGAAAAUUAUACAAACAGGCAGAACGUGGACACGCCAUAAAGUCCUGGGAUCAAACCAGAGAUGGGGGAUCUUCUUGAUGUAAGCAAUCUGUUUUAGAGCUGUACUAAAAAACAAACGAUAAAAACAAGGUAAGGAAACAGAUGUGCCACUAUUAUGUGAAAUUAGAUCAGUUACACCUUAUUUGUGUAAAUAAUCAUUUAUAUAUUUCUAAUGUCUUCUUUACAGCAAUGGGAGCAUGUAAGUCCUACCAUAUCCUGCUAAUACAGAGUUGUCAAAUUCCAAAUUAUAUAUAUUUGUUAUUAUUAAUACAAUAUUGUUAUAUUAUGAAUAUUAUAUUUCUUAGGGCUGGCAACACAUUAUUAUUGUAUUAACUCAUAUAAUUAAUUAACACCAACAAUUAUUUUGUUGCAUAUUUUCACAACACCAUUUAUUUUAUGUUUUGUUUAAUUUUUAUUUUUUUACAAUAACAUAUUAAGUCUACGCUCAGCCACUUUUAAAAGUACCAUGGAGGACGCUGCCGAGUCACUCCAUGGCCUGGUGUGCUCAGUAGGCUGGACUAGGGCGGAUACCAAAGGCUGCGUGUGAUUGGACCUGCAGUGAGAGGCGGGCCUGUCCAAAGUUGAACAUCUGGAAGAGUUUACUGCUGCUGGUGCUGGUGAAUGUGCUGCUGCUGCUGCUGCUUCAUAACC